GCUUACAGUGCUGUACAGAUAGUCUUUUAGCAUUAAUUAUUUGUAAUUUAAGUCUCCUUCGGAUAUGCUCUGGAUUAAAUAGCGACUCAGAGCUCAUAAUAGCGAGAGAGAACUCAAGGAGUAUCGGUGCAAAAUGAAUUUGCAUUUAAGGGGUAAAUAAGGCAUUCCUGUCAUCCACCAUGCCCCAUGAUAAAGCUCAUCUCUCUGGCAUUUCUGACUCUAGCGGUGUUGCUGUAGAUCACAGGAGAGCUCUGACACUCACACCAGUAUCACUGGGGAAGCUUAAUAACUGUCAAAUUGGAAAUCCUUUAAAAAUUCCCAGGAGAAGAAAUCUUGCUGAGGAGUAUGAAGAUGUGCCAAAAAGUGCCAAAAAGCCAAACAAGAUCCACUGGACACAGCUGGCUGGUAAUGACUCGCCCCCUCAGCAAGCUUUUCGCCAAAAUGGAAAGAAAGCAAAUGAUGAUGACAGUAUGAAGAAGAUGGACAUUAUGAGGCGGCAGGUUAAGGUGAUUCUAACCGAUGUUCUCCAGACAGAAGUGGGACGAAAAUACUUGAGCAACUGUGGUAGAGCAUCCAUGCUAAUCAUCCAGUCAGAGCCAAAAAGAGAAGCCAGACUCUCAGCAGAUCAUGCAGAUGGGCAGAGAGCAUGUGCAGCAUGCAAGGACCAGACCAAGUCAUUGCCUCUCACACCUACUAAUUCUUCAACGCUCAAAAGGACUAGUGCAGCGAACACUGAAGCGAGAGAUACACACCUUUGCAAAGAAAUGAAGCCCUCACCAACCAAACGAUUAAAAAUUGUCAAAGCACUAAAACAAACCACGCCAGCCUCUUCUGCUGAGAAAGAUUCCUGUUCACCUAAAGAAACUGACUGUUCACCAUGCAAACAAAGCCAAAAAUUGUUGUCCAAUCAGACAAGAUCACCUAACUCUUUAAGUGGCAGUCCUCUGCAUUCUGAAGGAACUGACUCGGAGAUAUCUGAAAGCAACAUCACAGCCACUCAGAAACGCACUCCUUUAAGGGUCAAGCGGUCAGAACGCCUUAAUGGAAAGGAAUACCACUCCACAGAGUGCAAAGCCACGCCCCCCGAGCACAGUGAAAGUGAAAUUUGUGCAGAAGAAAUGAGAGAUGAAAAGGAAGACAGUGACAGGGAGAAGGAUGAGACUCAGCAACAAAAUGGAGAAGCGCUAGAAGAUGCUGAUCCAGGGGCCAGAUGCAGUGUGCUCCGUCUGUCUGAAGUGGCAGCUGAGGACUGUUCAGAGCUGGAAUUGAGUGAUCCAGAAGUUCAGAGCUCCCCGGAUGAACUCGCCCUCGACUCGGAGCAUGCGGAAGUCAGAAAGGCCUGUAAAUCAGACACACCUGAACCAAUUGUUCUAUCCAGUGAGGAAGAGGAGGGAGACGACAGCGGUACAUCACACCUACGAACACCAGAGGGAGCUAAAGAUCCAUUCAGGCAACCCAAAGCUUCACCGGCUGUAAAUAGGAAAAAGAUGUUUGACAUGAACGCUCAUCCUUUAGAGAUGCACAGCCAGUGUCCAGUGAUGGAGCUUCAGUUCUCUGCCCUCUACAUGGGUGGCCUGAGUGCCGUGACCAGUGGGCUUGUGAAGAUCGCAGAUGACUCUGUCACCAUUUCAUUAAAAGACACCUCAGGUGCUGAGGUAAAAACUUCAGUGUCGACUGUGUAUGUGUGCAAGUACAGUGUGUGGGAGAAUCAUAUGGUGCGAAACAUAGCAUUGUUUAAAGAAAAUGAAGUCCCACUUUCAUCCCUCCUCCUCUUGUGGCUAGCUGAAGCUCAGGCUCGACGCGUGUAUAACGAUCUGUCUGCCCUACAGCCAGAGACACAGCCAGCUGAAGGCAGUGUGUGUGUUUUGCUGUGUGUAUGUGAGCCUUUGAAUGGAGUCCAAGGUGCCCUUCUUGCCUCUAUAAUGGACAUAGUAGGCAUCAGGCAUAACAACUCUGCUCUCCUAUCCCCACUCCCGCACGAUGACGCUCUGAAGAUCCUGCAGGAUGGUCAAGACACACACCUGCUGCAGCUGCUGCAACCCAGAGCAGACACACAAACUGUGGCACAGGAGUCCAGAUCCUCACCAGCGCCAGCGGGUGCAGCUUCAUCCACAGCUAAGGCCCAGGAGUCAGAUACCCAUGCAGAUUCAGUCUAUACACUUUGUCACAGCAAAACUCAGGGUAAUUACAUCGUGUCCUUGGCACGUAAACCUACAGCAGACUGGAGUCCAUACCAGCACUGUGGUCCUGCACGCAGACUGAUCCAGUUUCCUCCACCACCAUCUAAAGGAGCCAUUACUGUGACCACUGAAGACCUGGAGUGUCUAGAUAGUGGGGAGUUUCUUAAUGAUGUCAUCAUUGACUUCUACCUCAAGUAUCUGUUUGUGCAGAAGGCCCCUCGAGCAUCAGUUAAAAGAUCUCACGUGUUUAGCAGUUUCUUUUAUAAGCAGCUCACACGGCGAGACAAUGCUAAUGAAGACAUCAGCAGCACACCUCAGUUCAGAAGGCACCAGCGGGUCAGGACAUGGACUCGUCAUGUGGACAUCUUUGAGAAGGACUUUCUGUUUGUCCCUGUCAAUCAAGAAGCUCACUGGUAUAUGGUGGUGAUAUGUUUCCCUGGGUUGGAGGAGCCACAGUAUGUGGAGAGAAAAGACCAAGAGAAAAAAGUGCAUGAUGGGACUGAGAAUUCCAGUAACUCUACCGCUCAUAGUGAAUCUCAGCAAGGUGAUGGAGAGAAAAAUCCAGAUGAAAGGACUUCUUCUGGUCCACCAACCUGCACAGUUAAAACCUGUAAACAACAGACUAUCUGUAAGAGACCCUGCAUUCUGAUAAUGGACUCUCUAAAGCUUUCUGUUCAUGAGCGCAUCUUGAAGCUCCUACGCGAGUAUCUGCAGGUUGAGUGGGAGGUCAAACGAGGUGGAUUUCGGGACUUCAGUGCUGAACGGAUGGUGGGCUCCCAUUGCAAAGUUCCUCUCCAGGACAACAGUAGUGACUGUGGUCUGUAUUUACUGCAGUAUGCUGAGAGUUUUCUACAGGAUCCAGUGGUGCACUUUGACCUUCCAUUGAGGCUAGAGAACUGGUUUCCAAGACAGAAAGUUCGAGAAAAACGGCAGGAGAUUCGGGAUCUGAUAUUGUACCUAUACCGAUUUCAGCAAGACUCGCUGAGAAAUGAGGUCUCACAGCAUAGCACAGAAACAGAGAACAUUGUGGAGUAAUGUCACGUGUAGUAAAACAUGCUUCUAUAAUGUAUUUUUAUUUAUUUGUCACUUGUGUUAUUAUGCUUUUAUACACAUUAUUGUGAAACUUUUACAAUGUAAUAAAUUUUUCAUGUUGAAGUGAACAUCUUGGUUUGCUUAUGUUAA